AUGGCAAAUGUUGACAGCCUAUUGUCCGCUCGCGGUGGCCUGAAUGUCACCCAGGUGCUUCGCAGGAUUCCGCCCCAUGUGCUGAACCCAGCCUUGCAUCGCGAUGAGAUUGAUUUGUCCAUGGCGGAGAACCGAGUUAUUCGUCAGGAAAUCCUUCAGCUGGCCAAAUCAGCCAUUGAGACAAAUCUGCAUUACGAGCAUCUAGAUUGGCCCAAGGGCUUCUUUGGCGAUGCAACGCUGCUUGACCUCCUUGCAAGUACAGUCAACACCCACUUCCGCCCCCAUUCUCAGGUAGCACCAGACAGUAUCGCGGUUACCGCCGGGGCAGCGGCUGGUCUGGAUGCUAUACUGUACAAUAUUUGCAAUCCGGGUGACGGUGUGCUUGUUCCGUGUCCAUACUGGAAUGGAUACGAUGCACUUUUCGCUUUGCACUCCGAGGUCCGUCCUGUUGGCGUUGUCGUGCCUUCUCUCGAAGACUCCUUCGGGCCAGCUCUCCUCUCUGCAUUGGAAGAGUCGUACGAGAAGGCACCUUGUCCGAUCAAGGCGCUCGUACUCGCCAAUCCACACAACCCUCUCGGUCGACCAUACUCCCGAUCAAUUCUCGAACAAUGCAUGGCGUUCUGCCAACGGCGGAACAUCCACCUUGUUUCCGAUGAGGUGUUUGCCCUCAGCAGCUUCGUUAGCCCGGACUUUACAAAUCCCGAGCCCUUUGUCUCCUGUUUAAGCAUUGAUCCCUCCAGUGUUGGAUGUGAUCCGCAGCGCAUCCACGUCGUGUGGAGCAUGAGCAAGGACCUCUCCGCCAGUGGAGUGCGACUGGGCUGCGUCGUAACCCGCAACCGCUCCCUCAGGGACGUUGUAGGGCUGGUGGCGUCCGUACAUGUAUCGGUGUUGUCGACCGUCUUUGCGAAGGAAGUGCUCGCCUCGCCGCAGCUGCCGGAAUUGCUGACACUCAGCGCCACCAGACUGGCAGAGACAUACACGGCUCUAACCACUGCAUUCAAAGCCACUGGAAUUGAGUAUUUCCCGAGCUGUGCGACAGUGUUCGUUCUUGCUCGGUUGGCCCCCCAUGCAACAACUUGGGACGAGGAGAUCCUCGCCCUCCGCGCUUACAUGGGGGGAGGAGUAUCAGUGGUGCCAGGGAGAGCAUAUCAUAUGCCCGAGGGGCAGAAAGGAUGGAUGCGAGUCAGCUUUGCAGUGUCCAGUGAGGAUUUGGCGGAGGGGAUCCAGAGAAUUAAGAGGUCCGCAUGGAAAGUGAUUCCCAUCUUUCAAUCUACUUCGAUUUCUCGUACGGUCCAAUUCUACACUGAGAUUCUCGGCUUCGAGCUUGGCGGUGUUAAACCCGAAGAUGGCACGUCUGAAUUGACCUUUUGUUCGAUCUUCAUGGGUACAAAAGCCGAAGCCAACUUCUACUUCUCGAAAGCCUCUGUUGAAGAAUUCAAAGUGUCCGAAGCCAUGAUCGCGCUAGGAACUCAGGAACUAGACGAGUAUUACCGAUAUUUGAAAGAUCGUGAAGAGGUGAUCAUUGUGGAGGAUAUUGAAGACACGCCAUGGGGCUACCGGCAGUUUACCAUGAUGGAUCACGAUGGGAAUCGAUUGACGUUCUUCAAGUUCUUGGAAGGGGGGAAUCCGGGUGAAGAAUGA